GCUGGCGGCGGGGUCCUCUCGCGGCUGACGGCGGCGGCGGCGGGGCCGGCGGCGGCGGGCAGAAGAUGGCGGACGUGCUGAGCGUGCUGCGGCAGUACAACACGCAGAAGAAGGAGAUCGUGGUGAAGGGCGAUGAGGUGAUCUUCGGCGAGUUCUCCUGGCCCAAGAAUGUCAAGACCAACUAUGUCAUCUGGGGGACCGGGAAGGAGGGUCAGCCCAGGGAAUACUACACUUUGGAUUCUAUCUUGUUCCUGCUCAAUAAUGUGCACCUUUCGCAUCCUGUUUAUGUCCGUCGUGCUGCAACUGAAAACAUUCCUGUGGUAAGAAGACCUGAUAGGAAAGACUUACUUGCUUACCUAAAUGGGGAAACAUCAACCUCUUCAAGUAUAGACAGAAGUGCUCCACUUGAAAUUGGCCUUCAACGAUCCACUCAAGUUAAAAGAGCAGCAGAUGAAAUACUAGCAGAAGCAAAGAAACCAAGAAUAGAGGAUGAAGAGUGUGUGCGCCUUGACAAGGAGCGGUUGGCAGCUCGAUUGGAAGGGCAUAAAGAAGGUAUCGUGCAAACGGAGCAGAUCAGGUCCUUGUCUGAAGCCAUGUCAGUGGAAAAAAUUGCUGCUAUCAAAGCAAAAAUCAUGGCAAAGAAAAGAUCCACUAUCAAAACUGAUCUGGAUGAUGACAUAACUGCUCUUAAACAGAGAAGUUUUGUUGAUGCUGAAGUGGAUGUAACCAGAGAUAUUGUCAGCAGGGAGAGAGUAUGGAGGACAAGAACUACAAUCUUACAAAGCACAGGCAAGAACUUUGCCAAGAAUAUUUUUGCGAUUCUUCAAUCAGUAAAAGCCAGAGAGGAAGGCCGAGCACCUGAGCAAAGACCCGCACCAAAUACAGCACCAACGGAUCCCACUUUGCGAAAUAAGCAACCUAUUCCAGCUGCCUACAACAGAUAUGAUCAGGAAAGAUUCAAAGGCAAAGAGGAAACGGAAGGGUUUAAAAUCGAUACCAUGGGUACCUAUCACGGAAUGACUCUGAAGUCUGUAACGGAAGGUGCUUCUGCUCGAAAAACACAAACGCCAGCAGCGCAGCCUGUACCACGACCAGUUUCUCAAGCAAGACCACCUCCAAACCAGAAAAAAGGAUCUCGAACUCCCAUAAUCAUCAUUCCGGCAGCCACGACCUCUUUAAUAACAAUGCUUAAUGCAAAGGACCUUCUGCAAGAUCUGAAGUUUGUACCAUCAGAUGAAAAGAAGAAGCAAGGCUGUCAGCGAGAAAACGAAACUCUAAUACAGAGAAGGAAGGACCAGAUGCAGCCUGGGGGAACUACAGUCAGCGUUACUGUACCUUACCGAGUAGUAGACCAACCUCUAAAGCUUAUGCCACAAGACUGGGAUCGUGUGGUUGCAGUAUUCGUACAGGGUCCAGCUUGGCAAUUCAAAGGCUGGCCUUGGCUCUUGCCUGAUGGAUCACCUGUUGACAUCUUUGCAAAAAUUAAAGCUUUUCAUCUCAAAUAUGAUGAAGUACGUCUGGAUCCAAAUGUACAGAAAUGGGAUGUAACAGUGUUAGAACUAAGCUACCAUAAAAGACACUUGGACAGGCCAGUAUUUCUACGCUUCUGGGAAACUUUGGACAGGUAUAUGGUGAAGCAUAAAUCUCACUUGAGAUUCUGAAUCCUUCAGCUGCCAUUUAUUUCAUGGAGUAUGGAUUAAGAACAAUGAAAGAGGCUCCAGUUCGGAGACCAGAGCUCGCACUAUGUAAUACGUCAAGAACUUUACGAAUGAAGAAGGGUCACAGUUGAAACUUUUUAUAAAAUCUGUUUUGGAUGCUUCAUGCUAUGGCAGGUUGAUACCUGUCCUUAUUCAGAAGCAAAGGGGUUUUGCUUAAAACUAUUUUUUUAAUGUUGUUAGCCUCCUAGUCUGCAAUCCAAAUUGUAUAUUUUGAUAGCAGCAGUUUCUUCUCUGUUUUGUUAAAUUAGACACAUUUUAAAACAAUGUGUUUUGUUCCUUAUUAGAAAAUAGAUUGAUCUCCACUGCAGGUUACAAAUGUGUGUGUGCCUGUGCGCGUGUGCGCACGUGUGUGUAUAUAUAUGUGUGCGUGUCUAUAUAUAUAUGUAUAAAAAAGUGAUAGACACACUAACGCACACAUACAUGUUACCAAGGCUUUCUAAACCACUUAGCUUCUGAGCUUAGUUUUGGUUUUCUUUGCUUAUUGUUUCACUUAUUGAAAAUAUUUUGUUGUGAAUGAUACUACAUUUUAGUCGGUAGGACUUGCAAACUGAGCAAAAGUAAGAUUGUUUUGGAUAAAUCAAAAUGUCAACCUGUAUGUGUAUAUUCUGUCAGUCUUUGAAAAAGGGAAGAUGAAAAAUCUAGAAAUUUCUUUUGGAUUUGUAAUGUCCCAGUUUACUAAAUCUUUAAACUUUAUUACAAAUACCUUCAGGUCAUGGUAAUUUUAAAUCUCCAUUCUCCAGAGUUCUCUUUAUUUAAACUGAAAGCGUUCCUGUGUACAUUCCCAUCUAUCAAAAUACCUUCAUAUGAGUUUAAAUGUUACCUGGAUUAAACAACGAAUAGAAAGGGAGAGAGUUUGGAUUUUUUUUUUCCUGAAACAACCACCACAAGGAUGGAAUCAUUUUAACUUCUUUGCAUUUGUACCUCUAAUAUCACCACUAAUAUUAUUUUCUUGUGAGGAAAGUAGCCCAGUUUAUGUUUACGGAAGCUGUCGUUUUCUGAUAUGAGUGAUAAUAUGGUCUCCUAACAGUCCUGCAUUAGAGCGGAAAAUGAACUUACUCCACUUACCAAAGACCAGAUUUGCUCGAGCUACAGUAUAACCGAGGCCAGAAGACCAUGGUAUUUGUAUGGAUUUAUGGUAUCUGUGUAUCUAUUUAAUAACAUUAAGUUGAUGUUGCAUACAAGUGGAUGUAGAGAAUGAUUAAGUAUUGUAACACCUGCAUGGUUUUUUUUCUGGGAUAGAAAAUACAUGUUUAUAUUCCUGUUCUUGAAAUCCAAAACCAUGUUUUUUAAUAUACUUUACAUUUAAGGUUUGACAAAAGUAAAAUGUUCUACCUAUUCUACUUUAGUUUUGCUUUUUAUUUGAUGUUACCUUCAUUUUUAAUAAAACCAGAAGGCACAUCUUCAGAGGUUUUUAAGAUUGUCUUAAAUUUAUAUGAGGACUGUGAGGUCUGAAAGGGUUUUAAUAAUAUGUUUCUAUCCCUGCUGUAUCAGGAUUACUAUCUUUAAAUUUAGCCAAUUAUCUUAAUGGAAAUAAAAACAAACAAACAACAACAACACCAAGAUUAGAAGUUGUCACUGGAUUUUUGAACAGAUUCUGCAAAGUGGCUGAGAGCAAGCAAAGCAGAGCUUGUUUAAAAUAUGCUAGAAAGUUCUAUUUGCACGGGCGCUUUGGUCAGUACCAAGUGACUGUUUUUCUUAAUGCCUAAGCUUUAUUAAAGGAGUAUCAGUGUCAUAUAUGAGUGAGCUAAAAACAUUCUAUAUGUUGGUUUAGCCUGUGCUAUAGUUACAAAAACUGGCUAUCAACAGCACAGUAAGUACCAUAAGGAAGCUGCAAACCUAGGGUUUGUUACUGUUUAAAUAGAGGGAUAUAACGUGUGGCUUUUUUGACGCUGAAAUGUUCCAAUUAGAAAUGGAAUCUUUUUCAGACUUAGUACUUUACAGUACUAAAGAAAAAAUUACAGUUUUAAAGAAACUUCUACAAUGGGCAGCGAAUUUACAAACCAAACUUGGAAGAGAAGUCUGCUUCAUGUAUGCACUUGUGGUAUAGAGUCUAUACAUUGGUCUUAAUACAUGCAAACUCCAAUUAUAUUUUCUCUGCCCUAUAUUUUACUUGCAUUUUAAAAGCUUGUGUAAUCCUGUGUCCAAUAUUAUACAGAGAAGAUGGCCUGAUGUAAAUUUUUGUAUAUAUUGGGAGUAAAUCCUCAGAAACUAGUGAAGUUAUAGAUGUGAAGGUGGCAGAAGAGCAAAAUCCAUGGAAUCUUUGUAUCAACUGUGCCACUUCCUAUGGAUUGAGCACACACUUUUAACAUCUUCAUGUUUUUGUACUUGCAGGCAAUUUACAACACAAGUUGUAAAGUGUAUAUUGUGAAGGAGAUGGCACCUGAUCAUCUCUGAUCGUGCGUCUUUAUCAGUCAUAAAAGUAGUGAUGUUUAUAAAAUGAGCCAUUUCACAAUCAGAUUCCUGCUGACAUUAUUGGAAGUUUAAUUAGGUUGUCAGAGAGCAGCAUUCCUGCUGCCUUCAGAAAUAUCUGCACAUAGAUUAUGAAACUACUUGGACUUGAAAAUUUAGCCUUACAGCAGCGUUUUGCAACACAGCUGGAUUUUUAGACACUUAUGUUAUGCUUAAUUUAUCUACAAGUUAAUGUAGAGUAAUAAAGAAAACUGAUGCUAAGAACUGGAGAAGCUGCAGGAUCAGACAUCUGUUUUAGUGAGCUGUAUUCUUAUUGUUGAGCAAAUUUGACACUGCUUAGAAGUGUAUAAAGUGUGUAAAUUGUACUCAAUUAAAAUGUAUAACUAAAACUGAGCUACUUUACUGGCUGUAGUUUAUUGAAUGGUAGAAUGAUACUAGCAUGUGAAUCAAAUUGGCUGUUUCUAUUAAAUAUCUUAAGUGUCAUAGCUCCACACUGUUUCAUAACUACAAGAUGAAUGAGAUGAAACGCGAUAAAACAAGAUGAAAACUCUUUUGAAGUCUGCUCUUGGGCUCCUGUACUGUCAGCAGGUGAUUAUUUCUUUUGGUGGCAAGGUUGUAGGGGCCAGUAGGGGUAGCUGAAGUAAUGAUUUUAUAUUAAGAGCUAAAAUACCUGUGAUUUAUACUCUUUGAGCUUUCUGAAUGUUACACUAAACAAAAGCAAAGCAGGAAUUUGUCGUAAGGUAAAGUAGGACAACUGCUUUUUGAAAUGGACUUGCAUACCUGAAUAAAUUGCAGAUCAGCAUCUUCCAUUGAAUAGGCUCAGCUAUUCAGUUAUUACCUGGGAACUUUUGUAGCAAGAUAGUUUCACAAAUAGGCACUAAAGUCAUUGCUAGAAAUAGACAACUUAGAGAACUGUUCUGCAAUGCUGUAAACCUUUUUAUUUUUGAAUGUAGAAGAAAAUGUAGAUAGCAGAUUGUGUUAAGUUGCCCUUGAUUGUAAGUUCAACUAUGUGGUAUUUGUCAGAUAAGCCUUGCUCAGAACAGAAAAUUUGUUUUUGGCUCUUGUUUGAUAUACAGGGUAUAAAAUAUUACCAUUCUCCACAGGGACCUACAAAAAUAAGUUUUAUUAGUACAGCUUUCAUUCUUUUGCUGGUGAAAUAAGCACUUAGUUGCUAAUUCUUGAAAACACUACACACAAAAAAAAAUGCUGGUCAAAAUUAAUGGCUUAGUGAUUUUAAAAUUUAAUGUCAUGAAUGCAUUUUAAUUCAAAAGCCAUAACUAAUGCCAAGUACUUUAUUAGAGCAAUGAGUUCAUGAAAAAUUAAAAUCCCUGCCUGAAGAAACUGUUGGCCAAGUAGGUUACAGUUCAGCUGAUCUAUGGAAAAAUGUGUCACAAACUGGAAUCUCUGAAUGUCAUAUUCUGAAUUGUUCAUUUGUUACUUAAUUGUUUUGAAGAACUGUGGCAGCUUUGCUUUUAUUUCCUGAACAGAUACGUACUUCAGUAGCGAUUGUACAGUUUACCUUCUUUGGUUAUUUAUGCACUCUUUUUACCUUCAGACUGUUAACAUGACAUGAUAACUCUGAAACAGAUAUUGAAAAUAGAUCGCUUCAAAUAUGAAAAUGCUUAAAUGGAGCUAAUGUACUUGACAACCAUGAAGAUGGUUUCCUACUGCAACUAUGAUCCAGUGAGUUGACAUGGAGUCAGUUGUUCAGCUGUCAUUGAUGUCUGUAGAUCAUUCUUCUCCUAGUGUUGAUGCUACCAUAGAGUAAAUUUGAGAAUAAUAUUUAAUCAAGCAAAAUGCAUUGGUAGGGUAGCACACAGCAAUAGGCUGUGCUUCUGCAAAGACUGAUUUACUGCAUUCAUUUGUCUUUCAAGAUUUUUUCUAUAUUUCUUUUAUAAGACUGCUAAUGCAAAGAACAAUCUCAGAUGUUUGAAACUUCAAUGCAGAGACUAGUUCACAUGUAAAACUGAAACAUAUGAGGUGAUACAUAAAAUCUAUAAGAAAAGUAGCAUGGUUCUUGGUUUUUAUUUGCAUCUGAAAAUUCUUUUGCUGUAGUUCGUUUUCAUUUAAAUUCAGAAAAACUCUUUAUUUGCUUCACAAGGUUUCUGCAUGUGUCAAUGAAAUCAGAGGUAAGUCUUUGAGUUGCUUUAAGGUUUGGUUAAAGAGUUUGUAAAUUAUAAACUCUGGCCUUUGUUAAUGGGCCCAGAACAUACCAGUGGUUUUGAAGGUUCAAGUUGAAAUAAAAUAUUUUCAGAAACUGGGACAGCCACCACUCAAUGAAAGGAGAAGACAAACUUCUCAUAAGGUUAAAACUUUAAACUAACAAAACUGUCAUGAAGUUGUGCUUAGUGACUUUUUUUUUUUUGAUAAAUCUUAAGUUGUUGAAAUGUCAUGCCACUUGACCUAGUAUUUAAGAUCUGCACUGUAUUGGUGACAUUUUUAGACUUAAUAGCUUGGUAUCAGCUGAAGUCCACCUUUUGAAAAUUGUUAGCGAAAAUGUCCUGCAGAGUUUCCAUGAUGAGUUGGUUUUCUAAAUGUAGGAGUCAAAUUCUUCAUGAAAGAAGAAGCAAAGGAAAGCAUGUUUCUCUCAGCACUGCUCCACUGGUUUAAAUGAUAACACUGCUGAAGAUCGUGUGAAUAACACAGCGAGGCAUUAGAGUGGAAGACCAGUUACUCCAGAACAUGAUGUAUAGCCGCUUUGAAUCGGAGCUACUUUCAGCCAUGAAUCUACCUAACUUUGUUUAAAUUCACUUGUUGCAUCUUGUGUCAAACUUAGAUUGCAGAUUGCGCUGCAGAGUGGAGGUCUUUUUGUUCUGUAAUAAAACCUUUAUGAAAGAGCCUCUGUUUUAUGCAUGUUGGAAGUAAUUAGUCUGGUUGCUGAGAAGCUGCUAAAAAAGGAAUAAUGAGGUUAAAGAUGCAAGAAAAUAUGUAGACAGAAAAGCUUCCUAAAGAAAGAUUAUGAAACUGAAAGACUUCCUCAACUGAUUGUGCAGGCAGCAUUAUUCUGUGUGCAGUGGAUUAAUACCCUAAAUUGCUUUCCCAAUAGUCCAAUUUAACUUCAUCUAAUGGUGUGGUUCUGUAGAUACACUCCAUCAUAUGAAAAAAUCUCCCUUGAAUUUGAUUAAUUUUAAUUUUUGAUCUUGAUUUCUUUGGCUUUGGUCAGUACCUGGUCUGUUCAUCUAGCUUCCCAUUCCCCCAGGAAUCAAAGCAGUUGGAUGAUCUUUGAAAUACAAAACUUAAACACAUUUAACUUCGUCUUUAUUUGCAUAUAUUUACAUUCACAUUAUUCUGCUGAGGAGAAAUGUGCAUCCCUCAUGAUGCAUGCUGUAAUUUUUUACAUGCUAGUUUUGUAUUGCAUCACAAUUGAGGUACAGUGGUCUUCAUAUGUUGAAUUUUUUUUUCUGGAACAGAAGUUUGACAUUUGGGCAUACAACAUGAGAUGAUCAAUGUAGUAACAAAGCUACAUAAGAAAUUAUGACUAAGGAGAACUCUGUAUUUAAUAUUUUAGCUCUCAUGAAUCUUAUUUAUGCAGUUUGAUGCAGACUAAAAGAAAGCUGUGCUCUCUUGCCAUUCCUGAGAGUAAGAAAUAGCCUUUGAGAAUUUCAGCAGAGCAAAAUCUGUUUGGGGGGAAAAUAUCCUAAAUGCAUUGAAUAUGUCAGGGAUUUAUUCUUUUCAUAAAUGUCACAGAGGUACCUUCAAAAACAAUCUUGUCUUCUGCACAGUCCGCAAGUCAAAAUGGUGCUAAAUUUGCUGUUAGUAGACCAGUCAUUCUUAGUGCAUCAUGUUGUGCAACAUUUUUUUAAAAUGUUUCUUCUUUUGUAUACUGGAAUCAUGGCUUAUACUAUUAGUUCUGGGAUGAGUACCUUCAGUUACAAUGUUACCAGUCACAGUAGGAAGGACCCUGGGGCAGGUAUCUUCUAAUUUUUCGCUCCUUAAGUGUACACUAUCUCUUGCAACAGGAAAUAAUGACCAUUGCAGGUGGUAGUGCAUCUGGGAAGAGAUCUAUUACAGAAAAAUGG